AUGCCACGGCGUCGAGCCCGACUGUCUGCGACAACACAUAUUUUUGACUCUGAUGACGAGAUUGAAACUGUGGUCGGAGGCUCAUCUUCAAGGACAUAUGAGCGUGCUGGCCCGACAAUGAGGCAUGACGCUUUUGUGGCAGGCCCCAAGCCGCAGCGCAGCACGACAUUUGUACCCACAGCAUCCUCACCACGAAAACGACAACGAACGAGUGGGAUAGGAAGCUUACUUGUGCAUGAAGACCCACCGCUGCCACCGCUGCCAGACUUCCUAGACGCCGAUGGGUCGUAUCUUGGCAUCGACUUUGAGUUUGAUGAGGGGCAUCCGCUGGAAAGCAAACCACGAAAGGCGAGAGACACGGAUCGCCCGCUCUGGAUAUGGCUGGGGGAGGAGAUGGAGACUUUUGUGGACGAGCUUGUGCGCACAUCUGGUCGAGGUGACUACACAGAAUCUGGUCCCAGCCUCUGUUCAGUAUGUCAAGUCGAAGAAGGUGCCUACCGAUGCAAAGAAUGCUUCACAGGCGGUAUCUUCUGCGCAGCGUGCAUUGUGCAUCGGCAUGGAGACCUUCCCCUGCACCACAUUGAGGCGUGGGACGGUGUGUGCUUUGAGCAAACAACACUGUCUAGGCUGGGCCUGCACAUUCAGCUUGGACAUCGGCAUGGGCAGCCAUGUGUCGCCAGCUCUUCUCAGGCUUUCACGGGAGCAUCAGGCGAGCGCACGUUCUGUGUUGUCCACACAAAUGGGAUUCACGAGCUGAAUGUCGACUUCUGUGCAUGCCCCGGGGCACCAGCUCGGCACAUCCAGCUGCUUCGGGCAAAGCUGUACCCUGCUACAACGUUAAGGCCUGCAAGCGCUGCGACAUUCCAAGUUCUGCGGGAGUACCAGCUGAUCUCCUUUGAGACAAAGUGCUCAGCAUACGAGUACUACAAUGCAUUGGCACGCAUGACCAACAACAGCGGCUCCUACCAGCCUCGAGAUCGCUACAGCCAGUUUCUUCGAAUGACACGUGAAUGGGCCCACAUCCAGAUGCUGAAGCGAUUCGGCCGUGCUCACGAGACUAAAGGCUGUCAAAAUCGUCCAGCUGGCUCCUGCGCUGUGCUCUGUCCAGCUUGUCCGCAGCCAGGCAAGAAUCUGCCUGUACAUGGGUCGUGGCGUUUGGUGCCUCCCCACCUUCGUUUCCUAUAUGCGCUAUUUGUCGCAAUCGACGCAAACUUCCGAAUGAAGCGCAAAACUGUCUCAUCUGAGCAUGCAGACCCUGAUCUCAACCGCGGCUGUGCAUUCUACAGCGAGGUCGGGGCCUAUAUGCAGCAUGUUCGAGGUCACUGGGAUAUGGAGCAGGAGAAAAGUCGCUGCGUGUCGCAUGAUGCUGUUAACGAGCCAAAUCGCGAAUCUCGUGGCACUGCUUCAUCAGGCAUUGGGACUGUUGAUUGUGCGCGUCACAACAUGAAGCGCCCUAACGGAGUAGUGGAUCUACAGAAGGGAGAGCGAUAUAUCAACAUGGAUUAUGCGCUUUGGAAAAGCUUGGAUGGCUAUGACGACCUCGUCCAACUUGUAGUGUCAUACGACAUUGUCUGUCAGUGGAGCAUCAACAUCUGGCGAAGACUUGCAAAGUACCAGCCAUGCCUUCAGGAGAGAGCCCGAACUGGUGAACGGUUCUAUAUGUGGUUAAUCCCCAAGUUCCAUCUGCCAGCGCACAUUGAAGCGUGCAAUGUCCAGUACUCGUUCGACCUUACACCAUUUGUCGGUCGUACCGAUGGUGAAGCACCAGAGCGUGGAUGGGCCAACACCAAUCCAUUGGCAGCAAGCACUCGUGAAAUGGGCCCUGGAUCACGGCGAGAUCAUAUCGAUAACCACUUUAACGAUUGGAAUCAUAAGAAGGUGCUGGGAAUGGGCAAGCUCCUGCUAAAGCGCAUCCAGGAUGCUGUGCCUGAGAUGGUGAAUCGGAGGCAUGAGCUGCAGGAUAUCGAGGAUUCAUUGCCGCAAGAGACACUGGCGACGUGGACAUUGCAGAUGGAGAAGUGGGAGACGGACGCAUCUGCACCAAACCCGUUUGUGGUCGGGGAGAAGCAUGCUUCUCUGCACGCUGUUCGGGGCCGAAUUGCAGAAGAGACGCAAGCUGCUGUUGCCAGUGAGGGAAGUGACGAGGUCCGUGGGGAUAUUCACGUCGCAGAGAUGAUUGCUAUGGGCAUGCAGCUGGGAGAACAGCAGAGAGCGCUGGCUCGUGAUGCCGGGUCGCUUGGGGCUCAUGUGACUGCACGACAGAAGAUGGUGAUCUUGGAGCGGGGUAAUAAGCUGUGGCGGAAGAUUUCAAGUUGGUUUGUGACACAAGCAACCUUCAUGCCGGAGGUUGGUGUGAUUCGUGAAGCCGAGGCCGCGCGAGUUGCGACUGAGAGCAGGAUGGAACCCCUUCCCCCAGCGCCAGCAUUUGCGGCAAAGCUCUGGCUACCAUCGGAGUUGGUCGUUAGAUCCCGCCACACCGUGAAACGCUCCUGUGCACGGUACGAGUUUGACAUGCGAGAAGCAAGAGCACAUGAAUGUCUAGAAGAAGUUUGUCGCCUGCUGCUUGUUCAGAAGCACCAGUACCAUGCGAAGGAUCGCCACGCUUUCGGAGUGGCCGCCAACACACGGGCGAAAGGUUUGCUGGACAACAUCCAGCAGCGGAUUGAUUGUGCCGCCGAUGAAUACCGGGCCGCAAGAUCAGCGCUGGAAGCAUUAGCAGAGCUGGUGGAUGAAAGUGCAUGGUCAAGGGUCUUGAAACUGCUCGAUGCGAGGGAUGUCCGUGGAAUGCCACGUGCACUGUUUUCAGAUCCAGAACGGAAGAAGAGGUUGAAAAAGCAGGCAACGCUAACACCUCAAGAGAAGGAGGCCGACCAACUGUCCAAGGAGAUGUCUUGGAUAUGGCGCGCAAGCCUGCGGUCUGCACCAGAGGGAGCGUCACGCCCGGCUGGCUCAGCGGAUGUGCCUUUGUCUGACCAAGUAGUAGAACAGGAGCUACUGACUGCCGCACUUUGUGUUGAGUGGGCAAAGGCUCGGGCUCGAGCUGGAAGAUGGCGGGAGGAGGUGGAUCUGCUUGAGGAAGAGAUGAGACGCGUGCUAGCAUUCCAGAAGUGGAGGGCAGAGUGGUGGCGGGGUCGAUCAAGCGGUUGCGAUGCAGAGGAGCUGGGCACAGCAUUGGACGAAGCCAUGCACGCCUACGCAGAAAAGCAAGCUCGGAUCCAUGACCGGCGAGGCGAGAAAUUCUGUCACAUGUGGAGAUCGUGCGCGAGCUGGAUUGAGUGGGGUCGCGCAGGUAUCAUCCCUGUCAUUGAGGACCGUGAUGAAGUGGAAAACGGCGAUACAGCCUCUGCGGCUGAGGGGACGGACAUCUGA